CAAGACCAUUCAACUUCUGUCUUUAUGAUAAGUUCUCAUCGCGACCAACAACAAUUGGAUGCACCGCACGGCUCUUACUAUUAUGGCUGGCAGCAACUUAGAAAACGAGAGUUUUCCUAAAACUUCAAGCGACCAUGAAAUUACAAGCCUUUGUGAAGUGUGCGAUAGUAUCAUUUUCUAUAACACACACAUUGGAGUUGUAAUGGUAUGUGUGCCUACAUCUGAUUUACCAGAUGAGGAGAUACUUAGCAUGUUAGUGAUAUUGAACGGAGCUCAAGGAGGCUGCCGUCUUUGCGCUGUAGCGUGGGGCGUCUUUCAAAAUUGGGGGGACGGUCGAUACUUUUCUGCCAGCAAUAAGAGCGAUAUGAUAUCUUUGACUGAGAUUGCACAGAGUUACAUUAUAAGCUCUUUGUUUGUUGAACGUUCCACAGAUAUUAUCCCAGGCUACUACAAGCUUUCUUGCAAAACAAUUGUGAUGGGCCCAGAGCGGGAGGUCGGAAUCGAUCUGAUAUUAGCUCUGGAUGUAGUGAAUGGUGGGCUUCUCUUUUAUUCUGUCAAAUUUAUAAAUAAUAGCUUGAAGGCUAUAUAUGGGGAACUUGAGAAUAUCUAUUGAUACUCGAACACAGGCUACCACGACUUCCAUAAAACCUCACAGCCCUCAACUAGCAUCGUCAAGCUCUCCGAGGAAAGAUGGAAAAAAUUCUGUUGCUCAUCAAUCGCGACAUGUCAGAAUAUCCACGAAUUAUGCAAUUCAGAGUCAGCGUCCAACGAUUCUCCAGGCCGUUUGCCCACCCGCCUCAUUGACCUCAAAUGUGACCCUCCAAGAUUAAUUUCGUCGUCCAAACUACCAUUAGAUAGCUUGUACACAACGAUAAGUCAUUGUUGGGGCAAAACGCCGAUUCUUACUUUGACAACUAAGAAUUUUGGAGCUUUUCAACAACAAUUACCCGUAUCUCAACUCAGUCAAACGUUUAAGGAUGCUAUUCACAUAGGGAAAAGACUAUUGCGAGAUUUCAAUGUCCGAUAUCUUUGGAUCGAUAGUUUAUGCAUUAUGCAAGACUCAAAAACAGACUGGCUCAAUGAGGCACCACAAAUGGCCCAUAUUUACGGAAACGCAUUUUGCUGCAUUGCGGCCUCUUCAGCGUCUGAUGGAUCAAAAGGUCUCUUCUCUUCAAGAAAUUCUACAGUGGACGAGGUGCUAUUCCUAAGGCAUGAUAGAUCAUAUCACCCACAACUACCAAGUCCAGUGAUGAUAACGGUGCUGGAUCGGACCAAAUGGCAUCAGAUUAUCAAGGAAGCACCGUUAAACCAACGUGGCUGGGUUGUACAAGAGAGGAUACUCUCAAAAAGAACACUCCAGUUUUUCAAGGGCGAAAUAUUCUGGAAAUGUCAGCAAAGUAUGGCAUCGGAGACAUUUUCUGUCAUUGCACCUGGUCUACGGAUACACGAUGAUCAUCUGAUUUUCCCUCCGUCUCUUGUUUCAAACUUCAAUUUCCGAAGCUUUUGGCAUCAACUUUUGCAGACGUAUGGCAAAACUGUUCUUUCUUACCCAGAGGAUAUACUAAUAGCAAUUGCUGGUGUGUCUCGCCACUUUCAAAAGUACUUACCAACGACAAAUAAGCUAUAUUUGGCUGGUAUGUGGUUCUUUGAGCUUGAGAGGCAGUUGGGGUGGUCAGCAACCCGGCACGGCUUCGGAUCUGAUCUCGAUCAUCGGGAGUGCCCUUCCAAAUACGUUGCACCGUCUUGGAGCGUGAGAAUAAUUGGUUCUUUGAUUUUGUCCUCCUCAUUCCAGGCCUUGUCCUACAACUUUCCUUAUCUUCAACAUCUUCCAUCUCAGGCUUCCUCCCUAUUUUCAAAGCCUUUACUGGCAGGCACUUGCUGACUCCCCAAUUUUAUAGUGGGCCUCAUCUACAGGUAGGUCAAUUACGGCUCAUUGGACAAUGGGCGUAGAUGCAGAUGCUUCCAUCAAGUGGUACGAAUGGAAUGAGGCAGAUUACCAACGUCACAUGGUUCUGGAUAUGAAUCAAAUCCAACCUCCGAGCUUCACCAUAAUCGAAGCUGAAACGAAAGUUCUUGGAGAAGACCCGUUCGGACCUGUAAUUUCGGGGUUUCUCCGACUUCGUGGUCAAUUGAAGAUCGGACGGCACUCUUUCACGGCGUCCAAAAAUAACACAUUGACCCGGACUAAAUAUAGAAAUGGUCACUUCAUAGAAGUGAUUGGAUCUUCCUCUGGAUCUGGGUUAAUUUCUAGCAUGUCUUUUGACCGUCUACAUUCCGAUGAGGAAUUGAAGGAGAUUAGAAGCGGCGUGUUAUUUUUAUUUCCCUUGGUAUUUAAGAAUCUCCGUAAUGCGCGUGCCCUUAUUCUCAGGCCGAGUGGAACAAGAAAGAAAUUGGUAAGAAUAGGCUGUUUAUUUAGCAUUACCAGUAAGUUUGCCAUGGAUUUUGAUUCGGAGACUGAUGCGCUGAUUGGCGAUGAUAUUUAUGAGGAAUCCCAUGGCAACGGAGAGUAUACCAUCUGUAUCAUAUAACCAUCGUUUAAAACUUAUAAUCAAUCUAUGAUUAGUUAAGCGAAAUUUCCAAUCCAGUCCGUUUGUAAUUGCGGGUAACUGUAUCCAACCUAUAUAUUCAAACCGCCUGUCGACUAUACUGAUUGAAAAUAGAUGCGUGUAAUUCAACACCAGGAAUCUGGACCACUGCGAUUAAAACCGUAAAAAGACAAAAGGAACUGCCACAAAUUUCAAGAAGCGGGGCCGGAGCAGUAUUCGAACCUCAUGAUGAACGCGAAUUAGAAUACACGCCGCCAUGGGAAUUCGAAGCGGAUUUCAUUUUCCCAUGCAUGCCACUACAUGCUCUAUCACUGUGUAAACCGCGAGAUACACUAAAGAAUUCAUCUGGCCCUUGACGUGUAUUCCGGAUGACCGUAAAGUCUUCUACCAUGCAUGGCAAGAGACAGCGCUAUAUAUGGUCAAAUAAAUCAACGAUGCUCUGCAAUUAAUACCCUCACCUCACACAGCUGAACAUCAGGACA